UGUGUACAUACUGCUUAAGCACAUUGCUAAACAGCUACCGCAUUUAUUUGUUAUUAUUAUUUAUGGAUUUAAGAUUUAAUAAAUCUAAGUAUGGACAAUGAUGACAUAACAUUACCUGCAGAUACAUUAGCUAUACUUAAUGAGUUCCUGGCAGAACGAACACAGCGUGAACAUGAAGAGGAGCAGCGCAUGAUAAACAAAACAGGAAAGGAUGCACAUUUCGAGGAAGAUUGGCAACUUAGUCAAUUUUGGUACAGUGAGAAAACGAAACAAGCUAUUGGCGCUGCAGUAGCUAAAAUAGUUCAGGAACAUAAUACACCGGAUUUUCGCAUAGCUUUAUUAUCCUGUCCAUCGCUUUACGCAACCGUAAAGGAUGUUCAUGAACAAGUUAACAUUUUUGAGUAUGAUCAACGUUUCGCUGCCUAUGGAACUGAUUUUGUACAUUAUGAUUUCAAUGAAGUUUCCGCGGACUACUUAGUCGAGUAUCACAAAUGCUACGAUUUAAUCAUUGCUGAUCCACCAUUUCUGUCCGAGGACUGCAUGACUAAGAUGUCACGGAUAAUACUUAGUUUGCAGCGCAACAGAGCGUCCAAAGUGGUUUUCUGUUCCGGUGAAGUAGUUGAGCCUUGGCUGCUCGCCUGUUUGCCUUUGCACAAAUGUGAAUUUCGACCGGAACAUGAACGAAAUUUGGGCAAUGAAUUUGUUAGUUAUGCUAACUUUAAUUUUGACCAUUAUAUUGUAAAUAAAUAACACAUGGUAGAUCGACGACUGAAAAUUGAAA